AUGCUGAUAUGGCUCCAUCUUACUCAACAAAAAUACAUUCCGAUCGGCUCUUCCCACGGCAGGCUGGCUUUCUCCGGCGAUGAGAACAACCCGGACGACCCUUUUCUCUUCUGCCCGUUUUCCGGUACCCGAAUCCGUCUCCCGGCAACACAAACCAUCCCAAGAAUCCAUUAUCCUCAGUUCCUCCCAAAGCUCGACAAGAUCGUCCUGUGCGGCAACCCGUCUCACGACCCCAACUUCACGGCCUUAGCCAUCCACGGGGCUGGCGUGGCCUUCUGCAGGCCCGGCACGGACGAGAUAUGGUCCCAUCUCGACACCGAUAUCCGGACGGUCUACGACGUCGUCUGCUGCGACGCAACCAAGACCGCUUUCGUUCUGGGCCCGGGGCCUGCCAUCGAGGCAUGGGACGUGGGCGGUGCCGUGCCGUGCAAGAAGUCGGAGAUUCUGGGAGAUUUCUGCCCGGAAGCAGUGGCGAGGGCUGGGGAGAGGUACCCGCGCGACCUGUACACGACAAGGUGGUACCUGGGCCGGCCGGAACACGGGUCGGAACCGGGGCAGCUGUAUAUCGUGGUGAGGUACGUGGGGGAGUUUGUGAGGCACGACGGGGAGGUGGUGCACGAGGGGGACACGCUCACGGACGAUGCGGCCGAGCCGUUGGUGUGCCCUUACAAGACGGUGGGUUUCGAGGUGUUCAAGUACAGUGAUUGUGAUGGGAGGAAGUGGGUUGUGGCGGGGGGGUUGGAGGGGCGGGCCAUGUUUUUGGGAGGGAAUCAGACAGUAAUGGUGGAGGGGGAGAAGGGGAGUUUGAUGAUGAAGGAUGCGAUUUACUUUACCGACGAUUAUCGGGAGAGGUUGGACGAAGACUACUGUUAUGGUGGGCAUGAUAAUGGGGUUUAUGUGAUGGAGGAUGGGAGUGUAAAGCAGAUUGGUGAAGGUCUAGAGCCGAAGAUUUUGCCGCCGCCUUCUUGGAUCAGUGCCCCUUCUGCAUCUUCGUUUUCUCUCUUUUCAUGA